CCAGCAACAAGUGGGAGGCUGCAGCAGCGGCUGCCCCGCGGUGCGCUGCCGGCCGGCCGCCCUCCUGCGCUGGCACCCCUGUAACACGAAACUUGGCAUCGCCCCGACAGCAGCACCAAAAAAAUAGGCAGAGACAACAGCUGGCUGUCAGCAGCAGAGCAGAGAGGAGCCGAGCGAGGAGCGAGACACGAGCCAGGAUGAGGGGAGAGAUGACGUGAAAGUUGAAGAAGAGAGGAGGAAAAACAAGAGGAGGAGAAGAGCUCGUGGCACGGCUGGGCGUAAAGCCUGGAGAGGUUGAGCCAGAAUGUCUUCUGAAGGCUUUCUGAAGGAAAUGCAAACCAUUGGUGAGAAGUUUCUCCUUAAGCUUCAGAAACUGCCCAAGGCUGACCCUGUGGAGAUCGUGUCCUUCUGUGUGGUUCUUCUGUUUAUCGUUACUGUUCUGCUGCUCAUGAUCAUUGCUUGCAGCUGCUGCUGCUACAGCUGCUGUAGCUGCGAUGGACGUCCUGACCACAGACGUAGGAAGAUCCAAGUCCGUCCUACUGCCCAUCCAUGAAGCGCAUCAAGAGGUGACAACCUACUAUCAAGGACAUGCAUGGCCAUCAUGAUUCAGUCCCACGGGAAUGACUCUCUGCUCUAGCUCACUGAGAAUGGCAAUAACAAUAUUAACGAGUAUGACUCAGAGGACCAGAAAUCACGGCAUGGAAUUCAUUCUUUCUGUGACAGCCACUGCUGGGCCCCGUGGUGUGACCAGAAAGGUAACGCUGCUUUACCAUCACUGUCUUCCUCUUCAGGGUGGGCUGGGGGUGCAUGGACACAUGCUGCUGACAAAACAGACUCGCUUACCCAGUAACAGCCCUGCAGCUGGGCUAGCCAAGGAUUCCUUUUGUGAGCACUGAGCCACAGACCAAAGCAGCGAACAUGUACGCUGCCACAUGGCUAGGCAGCACCUACUCUCUUCACACGUGGCUAAUCCAGAAGGAUGAUGUUGGGUGCCAGAAAAACGCCCUGACAUUGCUGGGAGGUCGACAUGCUUAGUACAUCUUGGAUCAGGCCCAAACCUGCUCUCUCUAAAGCCAAGUGCAAUAGACACAUUUAGCUGAGAUGACUGCUGAAAACAACAAAUCAUGGACCUUCUGAUCUACAUAUACCACCUGAGGCUCUGCAUACAGCUGGUGACAAAUGCUCCCUGCUUUAUUUCAUUGGUGUUACAAUGAUGUGAAAUUGCCAAAGAGAAAAAUCAGAUCGUGUGCAAUACCCUUUGUAAACAGAAAGAUGAAGGCAAAAGAGAAAAAAAUCACUGAUGUUACAGUUUAAUUUGAACAUUGUGCUGGUAAACGUGCUCCCUCCCAGCCCCCAUGUGGCAGUCAGAUCUUUCAUGAAUUCUGCUCUUCUGCAUAUUGCAGGCGAAUGGUCCUUACAGAGCAUGGGAGUUACAGGAGAUGAACAAAUCCCCGUCCUCACUCGAGGGACCUGUGUGUCUGACUCCCUGCACUGUGUGCAGUUUAUUUUAGUGGACAUAAGCAGUAUGCCUAAGGUAUGUUUAUUAGCAUACUCAAAGGCAUUUCGGAGGAGUGACAUACAGUAUGGUAAGCGUCACUUCAGGGUAUACAUGCAGCAGCUGACAGCUGGCAUUGCAACAAAGCACAGCCAAGAAUGGCCUGUACAGUUGAAGUUAACAAGUGAAAAUAAACCCUUUCUCCAUGCUGCAGCCACUGUGUAUGUUUGGUUUACACUGAGGUGAACUUCAAUAAGGGAUUUCUGUAAGUACAAGGCUGUGGCACAGACCAUGACUUUCCUAACUGGGACAGCCAAACAGACCAUCUUGCUGUACCUAACUCUGCAAGCCGCUGGGCUUUCUUUCAGCCCCAAAUGUAAAAACACUCAUCUUUACAAGAAGGUAUAAAAAUUAUAGAUAAGUCAUCUUCUACCCUCGCGUUCCAACUGCUAGAUGUAGAGGAGUCAAAGGGAUUUGGGCACUGGGACAGGCUCCCCAGGGAAGUGGUCACAGCACUGAGCCUGACGGAGUUCAAGAAGCAUUGGGCAAUGC